AUGGAGCCAAACUGCAGCACCCACUGUAACUCGCCCAGGUGCUCCAUCUCCUCAGGCCUGGACAGUGCUGAGGCCUUUCUGAUCCUGCAGAAGAUGUGCAGCCUGACCACGAUAGCUGUCGAGCUUCCGAGACAAAAGUUGUCCCCAGUUCUGAGUGCUGUGGUUUGGACCAUACUGUCCUGUGGGAUCCUGUUGGCUUGUGGCUUUUUCUUCUUCACAAUGCGCUUUAAAAACAAUAGAAUAGUGAAGAUGUCCAGCCCCAACCUGAACGUCCUGACCCUGUUUGGGAGCGUCCUCACCUACAGCAGUGGAUUCUUGUUUGCAGCUGAUGAACACACACAAUAUAGAGGAGCCUUCAUUCAGGCUCGAAUAUGGACUUUGUGUCUGGGGAGUACUUUAGUGUUUGGUCCCAUUUUGGGUAAAACAUGGAGGCUUUACAGAGUUUUCACACAGAGGGUUCCAGACAAGAGAGUGAUCAUCAGAGAUAUUCAGCUGAUGGGAAUGGUGGGUUUGCUAAUCCUGGUUGACUUGUUGAUUCUCAUGGUUUGGAACAUCACAGAUCCAAUUAAAUGUUCUCGUUCUCUGGAUGCAUUUGUUAAGAUUGUGGAGAGGGAGGUGUCCUACUCUUUGUCACAGGUGGACUCCUGCUCCUCUGGAUACUCACAUCUGUGGGUCUUCAUCAUCGCUGUGCAAAAGGGUUGUUUGCUCCUUUAUGGGACCUAUUUGGCUGGACUCACAAGUAACGUCAGCCAUCCUCCAGUGAACCAGUCUCCCACCAUCAUAACAACAGUGACUCUGGUUACUCUGUCCUCCACCGUGGUCGUCCCUGUGUCCUUCUUUCUGCACAGCUGGCCCAACCUUGUCUACAGCGUGGUCGCGGGAGCCAUUUUCAUCUGCACUUUGGCAACUAACUGCAUGCUGUUUGUCCCGCAGUUGACUCAAUGGAGGCAGUUUGAAGACGACCAGAACAACCCAAGUCAGAUGGCAAAGUAUUUCAGCAGUCCCAGCAAGAGCCAAACGUCUAUGUACAGCCAGGAGGAGAUCUACUACCUGCUGGGAGAGAACAACUCCAUGAAGAAGCUGCUCAAUGAGAAAAAUGCAGUGAUUGACAGUCUCCAGGAGCAGGUGAACAACGCCAAGGCGAAACUUCUGCGUCUCGUGUCCACCAGCCAGAUACUUAGUCCCAAAUUAGAUCGAAACAUGUUCUCAUCUACAAGCAACCUGCACUCCUCCUCCACCCAGACCACGGAGCUGCUUUCCGAGGAAGGGGUUGAUGAGGUGGGGGAAGAGGAGAGUAAAAUGCUUUGUAAAAGGCACAUUCGAGAUUCGUCUGGAUACUGGGACUCAGACUCCAGCAGUUCAACAGAUUACUGCUACUACCACCGGCCGUAUUGUGAAUCCUGCCUGCAGCGUGGCUCUCUCACCACCUCGGACAGCUCCUCCGACUCGGACAGCGAGUACGAGGACUAUACAGGACUGUACGGGUCUCCACACCCUGUCGUGUUCAAAGAAGACCUCAAGCCUACUUUUGUAUGA